UGAUUGUUUAGAGUUUACAAGUAAACAAAACACGCGCUUUAACGUAUCGACAUAAUAUAAUGCUAGUAGUUCUUGUGCAUUAAAUAUAAUUAUAACAAGGAUUAUAGCUUUAUUAAAUGGAUUUAUAACAAAUUACAAUUAGUCCAAAACAGAACUGAGGACAUACGUUUGACUUACAGUUAAGAAUUUUCAAGUCUAAGAUACGGAGGAAAACGGAAAAAGUCGUUGUUACAGUAGAAACAGCCUUAACUGAUUUUUGAUCAUCUAAAAAUGGAAAUAUGUGUAAAAAAGUUAGGCAUAGAAGUCCGAGGGGUCCGUCUAACAGACCCGACAAUAUCUUCAGACGAAAUGGUUGAACAAAUCCAGAAGUUAGUUACGAAACAUCGCAUCUUGAUUUUUAGAGACCAGGGUGAGGUGAGCGGAGACAAGCAUGCUGAAAUUUCCCGAUGGUUCGGAACCAUUGGUGGAACAUUGUCCAAGGAUGAUCCACUUUAUUCCCAUCCCAAAUGUCCUCAUCCAGAUGUGUAUAGAAUUUCGAAUGACCCUGAAGAAGGCUGCAUUAAUGUUGGACGUUCCGGUUGGCAUAUUGAUGGUAGUUACUUGCACGAGCCUUUCGGAUAUGCUUUGUACCAUAUAAUUGCUGUACCAAAGACAGGCCCUACAGAAUUUAUUGGUUUUAAAGAGCUGAUUAACAGCAUUUCUGAAGAGACGAGAGCAAGAUGGGAGCGUCUAUGGAUGGUGGCUGACAAGGGAGAAAACCUUGCUCAUCCCUUAAUUUAUGCUCACCCAGUAACUGGAGAAUCCGUAAUGUGUAUUCAUCUGGGCAUGACAAAGGCUUUUAUUUGGGACAAAGACACACCCAAUGAGCAAAUAACUAAUUCGGAUGAGACAAAUGAAUUAUUACAAGAAAUCAGAUCAGAGAUUGAAAAGGACGGAAGAAGAUUAAUAUAUUCGCAUGAGUGGAAAGAUGGAGAUUUUCUAAUAAGCGAUAAUCUUGCUGUGGGUCAUUACGCCAGCGAUAGUUCUGCAAGGGAUAAGUCGGAGAUAGGAUUACGAAUUCUUCAUCGUACAACCGUUAAAGGAAUCAGUAGACCGACAAAGAUGAUUUAAAAUGAAGCAAGAUGUGUGUUUUGGUGAUAUAUAUUAUUUUUCGGAAGACUAUGGGUUAUUUAAUUGUGCGGGAUUUAUUUAAUUGUUUAUUUAUUUAAUUUAAUAUAAUGUUUUUUUAUAACUUUAAACACAUCAUUAUAAAAUUUUCUCUAGGAUACACUUAUCUUUUUUACAAGUGGUGCUUCGACAUUUUUAAACCUUAAGAUAAAAGGAAUUAAAAAUAUGAUGACAGAUGAAAAAGCGUAUGAAAUGAGGGUGAUUUAUGAAACUUUUAAAAAAUGUAUAUAUAAACGACAUAUUGCUAUUUAAAAUAAAACCGAACUGGUAUUAUGGGUUAAAAAUAUCCUGAUACACAUAUAUUUUUAUCAUGUAAUUUUUUCUCUCCUCUUCUUCUUCUUUCUUCUUCGUUAUUUAAAUUGAAAUAACACACAUAUUAAGCAUGUUUUAAAUGUAUUAUGCCAUAUGAACAAUCAUGUACGAUUUUUUUUAAUUCACUGUUCUUGAGAAUGACAUUAUAAAUUUAAAUAGACAUAAUUAAUUGUUUUAAAGAAUUUUGAUCUCUCCAUGAGGAUUUUUGAUUGAUUGGUGCCUCAAUUAAUAUCUAUUUUAUUAUUUACCUCAUGUUGUCUUGUUUAUAUUGUGCAUGUAUUGUGUGAAAUAAAGAUAUUGUAUUGUAUUGUAAGUAUAUUAAUUUUACCUGAAGUACGAUUAGUAUAACAGCUAAACAACGUUAUGUUCUGAAAUUAGAAACAAAAACAACAGGUAUGAUUAAUGAUAAUUACAAGUGAAAAGCGUUUUUAAAACACACAACUGAUGCUGUUUAUUUGUUUUGUUUUCGUUUUUUUAAGUGUGUGUUUUUAUUAUUUGAAAUGAUUUAAAAAUAGCGGAUUAAUUGCAUCAAUGUAAUGUUUGUUUUUUAUUAAUACAUGUACCAUUAAGAUAUGCCUUUGUAUUUUAGCGUGUCAGAAAAAGAUCAUUAACAUAAUUGAUUUAAAUAGAGAAUAACUGAAUUAAACAAUUAUACUACUAUAAAGUAUUUACUUUUAAGAAAAUUAUGCUUACUAAAACAUUUGCACAAAAUGAGACAAAAGACAAUACUACCAUACAUAUAUGUUCAUGUGUGCCAUGGGUAUAUAUUUAUAUUUAUUGUGUGUUUUUUAAUGGCUCAAUUUUUCAGAGUUAAAAGAACUGAUCUGUUUAAAAAAGCACGAAUAAAAUGUUUAUAUAAAAUCUAAAACAAAGCUUAAAGUCCUAAAUGUGCAUUGUAUUUUCUAUGUGAGGAUAUGUUUAUGUCUAAUGCAAAAUCAAUGAAUAAGAUGUGUUUUUUAAAGCAACAUAUUGUGAUUAUAUAUACGUUCAUUGCCGUUAAAGACUACCUGAAUUCUAAUUAAGAUAAAAGUCAUUUUUGUUAUACCUGCUAUAUCAUACUGAACAUUUCAUCCAUUUCAAUUAGAUUGUUUUCCUGUGAUAAACAUUUGUAACCGAGUACAUAUGUUUAAAUUAUUAAACGCCAGAGAACUGUUAAGAUAUGGUAAUUAAUUUGAAUAUAUGACAGCUUUGUAGUAUAAUGUAACCAUUAAAAUAUUGCAAAAUCAUACUACUGCGCUGCCACAGGUCCGCUUUUGCUAAGUUCAGAUGUGGAACUCCACACUAAUGAACGCCUACCAGUAAAAAGGCUUUGUCCCUUUUGUAAUGACAAGGUAGAAAGUGAAUUUCACGCUGUAGAGGAACGAUUUAUGUAUGAAGAUAUAAGUGCAGAUUUAUUUGAGAAGGUGAGUGUUAAAAACCAAUAAUUUCACACAAUGACAACUAUGUAGAAGUUUAUCUUUAUAUUCUCAAAUGCGAGUUGCGUACGGUUUAUUGCCAAAACCUGCAUUGACAUACUUAAGAGAAGGGUAACUUUCCUUCACAAAAAAGAAUACACAAAUUGCUCCUUUUUAUGGUUUGUCUUUGAUAUAUAUUUUUUAUCUGACUUUAAAAUAUGUACAUUGUAUAUAAAAGAAUAACAGAUAAAUGUUUAUACUUGAAUGUGGGUUUUAAGAUAAAUGUUUUAUCUACACUAAGACUGUGUCUUGGACAUAUUAAACAUUGUUACUUACUUUUUCGAAUAGUGGUUUGAUAUGGUCCAAGAUAAAUAUAAUUGGACAGUAUAAUUUUUUUAGUGAAACCAAUCUGAGGAAAUUUUAAUUGACAGGAUAUGGUUUUAAAAAUGUCAUUAAUUGACUUAUAAUUCUAAGUAUUGACAGCCAUAUACAUAAAAUAUUGGAUAAUUAUAUGUUGCACUUGUAUGAGGCAUCCAUUGACGACCAAAGAAUUGAUAUAACAAGUAUUCAUGUUAAUUAUGUUGAAGAAAACAAAUCGUUGAAAUACUCAAGUUGGUAACAUUUUGAGAAUGUAAAGUAUUGAGUAAAAUAAAUGACAUUCUUUCCAAGGUUAAAUAAUAUGUAAUGGUCAACUUAUAUUCUUACUACUUGCAUUUAAACAUUUUAGUAUAAUUUUUUUAUUCAUUGUGUUCCAUUUUAUACCACAUUGUAAACUUCUGCAAGAAAAAAUGGUCUGUGGAGUUGUCUCCCUUAGGGACAAAAGAAAAUGAUCUCUUGUAGUUCUGUUUAGAAAAUUUAAUCAUGUAUUAUAUGUUUGUGUUUCAUGAUUUAUAUUUAUUUUAAUGUUUACAUGUAAAGAUGAGACUUAAAUAAAUAAAUAAACAGUUACAGUUAGUUAAUGGUGACCAAUAGUUUGUUGAUCUAAAGGUGGAUGUUGAUACAUUUACUUCGAAACAAUAGGAUUUAUUACUGGCAAUAUUUUCUAAGCAAACCAAAACUCCUUCUUUGACCUCAGUACAAUGCAUAUUGUUUUGACUGUAUUCAUAACACAAUAACUGAUUAAUUGACAUACGUUUGUUUUCUCAUUUAUCGUUUAGCUUUACUGUUAGGGUAAUGGACUUU